AUGACGGAGCUCCUCCGUAAAGACAUCUACGGGCUCGAGCGAAUAGGAGUGCUCGACUCCACCAUCAACGAGCAGCAAGUCGAGUCACACAUUCCGGCCGAGGUCCAAUACGCCUGCCUGCAUGAGGUAUUCCACUUUCAGGGCGCCCGAGCCUUGAUGCGUGGUUUAGACUUUAAGCAGAUCCACGUCUUCUUGAAGCAGUACUUUUUGCACUAG